UCCAGGGACGUCUCGCGCCAUCAACUACCCCCCAAUUCUCACUCAGCAUGUGGCCCCCCAGCAGCUCCUUCGAGCUUCCAGUCUCCCCACCCUCUCACUGCCGCGGAAUCUCUCUGGCCCACUAAGGAUGAUCGAAAAUCUAACGGAAGCUAUGUCGAAGCGGUGAACCCCGUUUCGGCAACGGAUCCUCGUUCGAGGCGCUGACGCUCGCUAAUGACUUUUCGCUAGAAAAUCACAAACUGGCGUGUCUUUGAUCACGUUCAGCCUCACCCGUCACCAUUCACCAUCUCAACCCCGCGAUGUUGCAAAGACCACGGUUUCUCCCCCCAAGGAAUGUGCAGGGCUCUGACAAAGGCCCAGACUCUUAGCACGUCGAUCUCGACGGCUGGGUGCCGAUCGUUUGAUUGUUGCCGGCUCUCAGGAUGACAUGCCGUCUGAUGUCAGUGUCAAUGAUGGCCGUGCGGCGGCACAGAAAGAGAUGCCUUUGGACUUCGAUCUUGACGUGACAUGCCUUGAAACGAACGAGACAAAUCGAGCCACAGGCCUCUACAUUAUUGCGAUGGUCAAGAAGCAAAUGAGAUCUUGGGGCCGGCCUGUUGAUAAUUAACUUAGGUAACCUUUCCCCCUUGGAGCGCCUUUUUUCAUCCACCACAUCAUCGUCCAAGCGGCUCAGCCCAAAUACAAGAGAAAUCUCCACCUGCAGAUAAGCGAGCCCAUGCGCCCGCCGUUCAUAACUGUCAGCUCCGUGCUGCUGGUACAGCUGAACGGGCUGGAAAUCUCGCCUGCGUCCCCGGACUGCUGGCCUGCUGAGCUUCGUAGGGAGUCGGGGACCUCAGCUACAUGUGAACCUAGGAGAUUGUGGGGUACUUCCCAGCGCUCUGGAAUUGUCUUUCUCCGGCAUCAUGACUUCCGUGAAUUUGCAGGGUUGGAUCCUUCGUCAAUAUCACUGCGGACUUUUUCAUGUAGGUGACAAUGCAUGUCCCAAGCCACUUGGUGCAUAAUUUCUUCUUAAAAUGCAGGCGUGACCACAUCUGUCGCCUAUUUGCCGAGCUCACAAUUACAACGACUGAGGCAAACCACUAGCGGCUCCGACUAGGGUGCUUUGAGCAAUGGUGCAAUCACGCCUUUUGACGCGAUCUGAGUCCAACAAUCGUUUUAGACCCCCGAGAGAGUCGGCGACCUUUGACGGACCACCCUAUCACAG